AUGCUCUGCAAGAGCGACCAGCCCGUGCCCCGCAAGGAGGCCGCCGCGCGCGAGCUCUGGACGCUCGCGCUCAACAACGACUACAAGGUCGCGAUCGUCUCCGCGGGCGCGAUCCCGGCCCUCGUGCUUCUCUGCCGCCAGCCGCCCUCGGGCAAGUGCGCCGAGUACGGCGCGCGCGCGCUCUGGAAUCUGGCGAUCAACGCGGAGAACAAGGUCGCGAUCGCCGAGGCGGGCGCGGUCCGGCCGCUCGUGACGCUGAUGACGAACGGCUCCGUGCACUGCCGGGAGGCGGCGGCGGGCGCCAUCCGGAACCUGGCGGUGAACGAGAAGAACCAGGAGGAGAUCGUCGCCGAGGGCGGCGUGCGGCCGCUCGUGGAGCUGUGCUCCGCGGGCGACGUCGCGGGCGCCGAGGUCGCGGCGCGCGCGCUCUGGAACCUGGCCUACAACUCGAAGAAGAACCAGUCCAAGCUCGUCGAGGCGGGGGCCAUCGGCGUCCUCGUGACCAUGUCCAAGGACGGCGGCUCCGACGCGUGCCGCGAGGCCGCGGCCGGCGCGCUGCGGAACCUGAGCUACGAGAACGACGACGCGCGCCUCGACAUGGUCAAGAACGGCGCCAUCCCCGUCCUCGCCGAGAUCUGCGUCGAGGGCACGGAGAUGUCGAGGAUCCACGCGGCCGCGCUCCUCAAGAACCUCAACUCCCAGCCCGACUGCCUCCGAGCCGUCGCCGCGGAGUUCCAGCUCCCGGACGACUCCUCCAAGGCCGCCGUCGACGCCGCCGUCGAGAGCCUCCUCUCGCGCCACGCGACCGACUCCACCGCGUGA